UAUUUAACAGUAUAUGCAACGGCUUACCGACAAAUUAUAUGUAUUUCGAGUUCGUACGUCAAUAGUUCACUUUACAUCCGACAACACGAGCCACAGCACGCCACAAACCAACAACAUCUACAAUAUGUUCUGUUCUACCGCCUUAUUAGUUUUGGCUUCGGCCUGCGUUGUGUUCGGUGCGCCCCAGUACUACGCGCCCACCGGUCCGACCACCACCCCGAUCCCGAUCCUCAGCCAAUCCCAAGAAGGACCCAACCCCGAUGGAUCGUACAGUUACCGUUUCGAGACCGCAAACGGUAUCAGCGCCGGCGAGUCGGGAUACUUGAAGAACCCGAACACCGAACAGGAAGGCCAAGUGGCUCAAGGAUACUACUAUUACACCGGACCCGACGGUGUCGUCUACCAAGUUGAGUACCUCGCCGAUGCCGAAAACGGUUUCGUCGCCAAGGGCGCCCAUUUGCCGACUCCGCCGCCGCUCCCAGAAGCGUUGGUCCGCGCCAACGAAUUGGCUUACAAGAACGCCGCCGCCGACGCCGGACUUUACGACGACAAGGGAUUCCCAAUCAGCAGCGCCCCGGCCAGACGGUACUAACACAACAGGACUCGAUCAUAAAAUUUUAAAAAUCAAAAAAAAAAAUUAAAUAAAUAAUGAUAAUAAAAUUAAUAAUAAUAUCGAGAAAGAAAAAAAAAAUAGCAAACCAGACAAUAUGACAAAACCGCCCUCCCAUAAUCAUUGCUUUCGUUUUCCCGUUAUGUCGUACCUCGCCGUCCUCGCUCCUCAUUCGCCAAACGCGCGGCAUCGUCCAAGUAUAAUGGUUUUUUUUUCGUUAACCGAACGAAACACGGUUAUACUCGGUCUUACAUUAUUAUUAUUGUUUUUAUUAUUAUUAUUAUCAUUACUAUUGUAAUAUUACUACAACGCGUUCUCCCGACGGUCAAGCGUCGACCCCCGUCACUGUUAUAUAACGAUUAUAAUAUUAUGUUAUUUUGUUCGGACGCCAAACGGGCUGUCGCGCGCACCUUCGUCACAUGACAUAUCGGCUCGGUCCCGCUUGUCCGUCUGGCCACAACCGCGCAAGUCGACUUGUAUUACCAUAUUGUGUAUUUUUAUUAUGUCGUUGUAUACGUCUAGCUUGUAAGUUUUGUGAAAACAAUAAAAGAUAAAAAAAUUUAUAAAACCA